AUGGCAGACGUUGAGAGCCCAGUUAUCCCCCAAGAGACUUUCAAGCCAGAAGAAUCAUCUCUGGAUACAUUAGAUGAUACUCCUGUCACUCCUAUCACCCCUGUUGAAGCUCCCCUUGAGGGCACCGCAGAUGCUGUACCAGAGGAAACUGCAGGAGCAGGAUCAGAAGUAGAUACUGAGACAGAGAAGGAAUCUGUCAAGAGCAACGAUGCAGGCAAGACCGCAACAGGAGCUGUAAGUGGUGUGAAGAAGGAAAAUGUACUUCCCAAAAGAGCUGGCUCAUCUGCGGCACCAAGACGUCCAAUUUCAGGAAGCGCAACAAGACCCACGGCCUCUUCUGGGAUCAAACCCACAUCUUCAUCCGCAAUCAAAACUACAGGAGGUUUGAGCAAACCUCCAACGCGCCCAGUAACUGGAUCUAUUGUGCGAAAGCCUACAGGCAGUGCAACAGGAACUACAUCCUCCAGUGCCAGUCAUAGAGCUCCAUCUGCUGCUGGAACUCAUGCAGACGAGAAAAAACCUGCCACUACCUCUGCACGACGAGUUUCUCUUGCACCAAGCCAUACCAAUACUUCGAAGACGCCUGGUACAGCGGCUGAAGCCCGGGCCAGACCUGUCUCUAUGCACGCUACUACUACUACUACAACCACAGCAGCACCAACCGCAAGAAAGCCUGUUGCAUCGGCGACAGCAGCUGGUCAAACCAGUCCAAAGGCCGUGAAGACUGCUAGUACAACUGCCCCAAAGCCAACGAGUGCUUCUACCACUACCACCACUCGCCCAACACACUCUUCCAAGCCUUCGAUUAGCGCUCUUAGCAGCGGCGGUGCAGUUUCGGAAGCUAGAAAGCGCCUCAAUGCUCUUCAAAGUGGUACAUCGGCCCACCCAGCACCAAAGCCAUCAGUAUUGUCAUCCUCUCGCUCCGUCAGUGGAACAACAUCUGCGACUGCGACCGCGGCCGCAUCCACAAAAGAAGUCGAAGAGUUGAAGACAAAAUUGGCGGAGAGCGAGACCAAGGUCGAAGAAUUGAAGAAGGAAAUCACCACAUCACAAGAAAGACUUCUUGAUCUUGGCAAAGCAGCUGAAGAAGAGUCGAAACGUAUUUCGGAUGCCGAGGAAACCAUCCGCGCAACUCACAACGAACUUGUCGAGAAGCUUAAUGCCGAUCACAAAGCGAUCUUAGAGAGUUUGCAGGCCCAAUUGGUGGAAGCCGAGAAUGCCAAGGCAGCAGCUCAGGAAGCUUCUUUAGCGGCUAUUGAGGAGGCAAAAGAAGCUGCGUCUUCUAGAGGCGCCACUGAGCAUGUGGAAGCUUUAGAAAAGUUAAAGUCUGAACAUAGUGCUGCCUUGGAGGCAUUGAACGCUGAGUUAGCGGCUGCCAAAGAAACACAUGUUAGCGAGCACGCAAAUGCUUUAGAUGCAGUCAAUGCCGAAUUAGCUGCCGCUAGAGAAGCAAAUGCCGGUGCUAUCGCUGCAGCUGCCGAGAAGGAGGCUGAAAUCACAGAUUUGAAAGUUCAGCUCGAGCAGGCUAUUGCAGAAUGUGCAGCCGCAACUGAAUCAUUGAAAGCUUUACAGGCCGAGCAUGGUGAGAAAGUCAAAGCCUUAGAACUAGACUUCGAGUCCAAGUCCAGUAAGCAUGCAGACUCUCUGGAAGAGUUGAAGAGAACCUUGGCAGAGGAGCACAAUGCUGCCAUAGAGGCAUUGAAGUCUGCCCAUUCGGAAGAACUUUCACGAGGAAAUAACGAUGCCUCCUCAACUUAUGAAACACAAAUUUCUGAGUUAACCAACAAACAUGAAGAGAAUCUAUCCGCCAUCCAAAAGCAGCUUGAAUCCCAAGCUGGCGAACAUGCAAGCGCUUUGGAAGAAUUGAAGAAGACUUUGACCGAAGAGCACACUAUUGCUCUUGAUGCAUUGAAGUCCGCUCAUUCGGAGGAGCUUGCGAAGGGCAAUACUGAUGCUUCCUCUACUUAUGAAAACCAGAUUGCCGAAUUGACUACGAAACACGAGGAAAGCUUAGCUGCUGUUCAAAAACAACUUGAUGAAGUUCUCGAGGCUCAAAGAUCUUUGGAAUCAGCUCAUGCCGAGAAGGUCCUAAGUCUGGAAAGUGAGGUCACAAGUCUCAAAGAAAGUCUCGAAAAGAGCUCCGUAGCAUUGGCACUAUCAGAAAAGGAAAUUUCGGAAGCUAAGGCUGAGGCUGAGGCUGCUAGAAAGGACCUUGCUUCUGCACAAGAGCAAGUUAUCGAGUUGACUGCGAAACUCAAUGGAUUGCAAUCUACUGGAUCCGAGUCCGAAUCCGCGCUCACCGCAGCUAAAGAAGAAUUAGAAAAGUCCAAGCAGGAAGUCAUUGCACUCCAAAACACCUUGGAACAAUUUGGUUCCGACGAAAAGAGCAAGGAUGAAUUACACAUGAAGAUCAAGGACGAGCUUGCAACAACAGGUCAGUCAUUAGAUGAGAAAACCAAGGAGAUUUCCGAACUUUUGGAGAAGCAUGCAUUGGAAACUUCGACGCUCAAUGAGAAGCACUUGAAAGAACUGGAAACCAUUUCAAAUGAUUAUCAAAAGGAGAUUGAUGCAUUAUCAGGAGACUCUGGCAUCAGAGACGAAUUUAAUGCGUUGAAGACCAAACAUGAGGAACUCACCAAGGCUCAUGCGGAGAUUUUGGAGGCUCAUCAAACCGAGCUCGAGAAGGCAAAACAAAAUCACGCUGCAGCCAUUGUUGAACUCGAUAUCAAUGAGAAGGCCCAUCAACGUGCGUUGGAAGAGUUGAAGACAAACCAUGCCAAGGCAUUGGAUGAGGCACAUGACAGAGCUAUAUCUGCUAGUCAUUCUUCUCACUCCUCAGAAUUGCAACAGCUCGAGCAUAGUCAUGUCGUUGCUAUUGCCGAAUUGAAAUCUGAGUUUGAGAAGACUCAUGCAAAGGCAUUGGACGAUGCACACAGCCAAGCAACUUCUGCUGCUCAAGCCGCACAUCAGCAAGAAUUGGAGAAAUUGACUUAUAACCACGCUGAAGAUAUCGCCGCCUUGAAGGCUCAACAUGCUUCAGUUCAAUCAACUCAUGAAGAAGCUAUUGCAGCCUUGAAGGCAGAACACGAAGCCAAUAUUGCUACCGCCUCGUCCGACGUCGAGAGUCAAAAGAUCGCACAAAAGGCCCACGAUGAAGAGCUGGGAAAGUUGAUGGAGAACCAUGCUGCAGAUAUCGCUGCAUUGAAAGCUCAGCAUGCAAAUGCUCAGUCAACUCAUGAUGAAGAAGUCGCUGCCUUGAGAGCCGAGCAUGAAGCCAAAUUGGCUGCUGCGUCGUCAAAUAUCGAAAGCCAAAUGGGUGCUCAGCAAGCUCAUGAACAGGAGUUGGAGAGAUUGCUUCAAAGUCAUGCGGAGGACAUUGCUACUUUGAAAGCCCAGCAUGCUAAUGCCCAAUCGACGCAUGAUGAGCAAAUCGCUGCCUUGAAAGCUGAGCAUGAAACCAACUUGGCUAAUGCUUCCUCAGAUCUUGAAACCCAAAAAGGCGCUCAACAAGCUCACGAACAGGAGUUGGAGAGAUUGCUUCAAAGCCAUGCUGAGGAUAUGGCCGCUCUGAAAGCCCAGCACGCUAAUGCUCAAGCGACCCACGAUGAAGUAAUUGCCGCUUUGAAAGAACAGCAUGAAACUAGCCACGCUACUGCCUCCUCGGACUUUGAGAAACAUAAGGCUAUUGAGGCCGAAUUGCAAGAUGAGAUCGCCAAGUCUAAACAAUCUUUGUAUACAGCACAAGAUGAGUUGGAAGCCCUCAAGCAAGCUUUGGCUGCCGAAAAGAUUGCUAAGGCCAAUGCUGAGGCUGAUUUGGAGGCUGCAAGAAACGUGAAGUUGGAUACUUCCGAGCUUGAUGCCUUACGUCAAGAACUACAAACUCUCAAGAACCAACAUGAGACUGCUCUGGCAUCAGCCCGACAAGAAGCAGCAAUGGCCACCCAAGAGCUUACAGCUAGCAAAUCACAGUUGGAGACAGCCAAAGCAGAACUCGAGAAAGAGAAAGCUGCUCUUGAACAAAAGGUUAAGACUAGCAAGGAUGACUACAAGACAAUGCAUGAAUCUAUGACGGAGCUCCUCGAAGAGACUAGCAAAGAUUGUGAAACUCUUGAUGCUCGUUUGAAAGAAGCAGAAGCUCAACUUAAAGUCAAGGAUGCUGAACUUGCAGAGGCAAAGACCAAGCUCUCAACUACAUCCCCACCAAAAACACCAACAUUCGGAGGACUUUUUUCUAGGGGAUUCGCCGAUACCGAUGGUAAGGAUUCCGAGGGAACGGGUGAAAGCACAGAUGCAGUGGUUACACCUGAAAGUGAGCAUGAUAAUUCAUCAGCCGCGUUAGCUUCGUUAGCAAAAGCUAGAGUUACUGUUGAACAGUUGGAAAAGAUGAAUGAUGAUUUGAAAAAGGAUAAUAUGAGGUCAUUAGAAUCAAUUUCAGACGUCUCUGGGCCAGCUCGUAAUGAAUAG